UUUGAAGAUUAGUCCGGGAAUGAACGUCUGAUAUUACAAACAGUAAUUUGGUGUUGUCCUCAUGGAAAUCUACAAAAGAAUCUCAUCUGGAAAUCUCAGCAGAUGGAGUAUUUUUUAUUUUCUGCCUGUGUUUGUAAUAGUAAAUGAAGUGUCUCUGCAGGAGACUGUUGUGGGUUUUACUGGAGACUCUGCUGUUUUAAAUUGUUCUUCUAAAGAACGUCAAGACAUAGAUGUGCUCUGGACAUUCAAUUACACCCAGAUUGUGUUUGACAUUAUUGAUGGUCAAGUCUCUGUGGAAGAACAGGAUCAACAGUACAAGAACAGAGUUGAAAGCUUCCCCGAGGAGUAUAAGAGAGGAAACUUCUCCAUCAAACUCAACAAUCUUCAACACACUGAUGCAGGAAAAUACACGUGCUACAUCAUCAAGAAGGAAUCAGUAAUCAAGAGUGUUGAGCUUUUUAUUAAAGAGAGAUCAGAAAGACUCAUCAAUGAAGGAACAAACCCAAAACCAGAGAUGAUUGUAAUGUUCGUUUGCAUUCUAUGCACUGGCAUUAUAUUUUCAUUGGUUAACUCUGUCACAGUGUGUUUUAAGGAGUUUUAGUCAUCGCUCACUAUGACUCGACGUCAUCUGCACAGGCCCCUAGAAACAUCUGCAUAUCAUCUGUAGAUAUUAAUUUGUUGUUUUUCACAUCCUCAUUAAUCUGCAUAGCCCAUCUAAACCUUCUGCACAGUGGUGCAAAUACCAGCAUGCACUGAAAAUGUUAAAGCUCUCUCUAUUAUAGAUGACCUAUAAAAAAUACUGGUAAAAACCGGCAAUAUUA